GAACCUAGUGUCGCCUUUAAGAAGGUUUAACCGUGCACUGCGUGCAGCUGUUUAUCAUUCGUACUAGAGUACGAACUACGAAGAAAGAGGGCACUCGUGAAUUUUGACCUGUGUUAAAGUUUUAUGCUAAGACACCAAAAAGCAGAGACUAAGAAACUAACUUUGAAGAAAUCAAGUAUCCAUCAGUGUCUCUGUAAAGUCUCCAAUUCAUUAACUGUGAGUUUCCUGAUCGCUCCGAGGCCAACUAUAAACGACCCACAAACACGCCGUCAAAUUUGUUGAACUAUUUUGCUGUCACAUUCGAAAUGGAACUCUUAUCGACGCUGCUGGAUGGCACAAGGAGGACGUUCCCGUGGCUGAAAGAUAACGACGGUCGGCGUCGUCAGUGCACAGUGAAGCUCAUGGUCCGGCAGAUUGACGGUGGCGUGGCCGAACACUGGGCGCUUUAUUUCGAUUGGACCGAUCGAGCUGCCACGUACGAAGCCAACGACGAAGACGGGUACCUAAUUCCUUACUGGAAUAGAGGUUAUCCGGAUGUUACCUACACGUGGACGAUGUCUCGUCGCUUUAGCUUGGAGUGCUCACCCCAACAAAUCAAUUCUAAGGCCCGCCAAAUUUCCCUGAACGGCUUACCCUACUUACUGACUGAUAGGAACUGUCACCAUUGGGCCAUUGAACUCGCUUCGCAGGUUGGUCUCAACAUCAAUGAAGCUCUGGAAAGUUACCUUCCUGGAGAUUUGAAGAGCGUCAUCAACUUUGGGUAUGCCAUCAACAACGCAACGCAAUGUUUCUCCCAGGCGGGGUCAUUGUUCGCUGGGUCAACGGUCUCCUCGAACACAGGUCACGCUCGUGCCCUGGCUCGAGCUGCUCCAGAGGCCGCGAUGGUUUCCUCCAGAGUAUCUCGCGCCUCUGCCAGGGCAAUGGAUGGCGCCGAUGGACGACAGUUGCAAAGGAUAAGCAGCGACGACUCGACGGAACAAACUUUCAAGGCCGUGGCUGGGGCCGUUAUGUUCGCAGGAUAUGCUCUUGGAACCCUACUAAAGAAUAUUGCUGGUGAUGAGGAUGAGUCACCAACCACUCAGUCUAGAAGAAGUAAUUAAUGAGAUUUCUACUAAAAUGUGCAUAUAGAAUCUAAAAUAAUUAGAUAAAUGCCUUGUCUGUUCUGGUGCUUAUAGAUUUGCAAAAUAACUCAUCUUCUACUGAAAAAAAAUUAUUUCCCGGUCCACACUCCACAAUCAUGAACAAGAAGUGUGGCUGCUUGUAGUUUAAAUAUUUUUUGAAAAGGCUUUCUCAUGAGGCACGAUGCCUGUGGCUGUGAAAGAAU